GAGCUUUCUCGUUUCAUUUUUACACCCAGAAAACAAAAAUUAAAGCUUAAGAAAUGAAGUCCCCACAGUUUUCGCUGUUAGUUCCUCUUGUUUUGGCUGCUCUGUUCUCGUUUUCAUGGGCUGCUUUGCCUCAUGAAAAUUUCCUUCACUGCCUUUCCCUUCGUUCAAAUGAUUCUUCUUCCAUUUCCAGAGUGGUUUUCACACGACAAAAUUCUUCUUAUGAAUCUGUUUUGGAAGCCAGGAUACGUAAUCUCAGGUUCAACUCCACGGAUACCCCAAAACCUUUGGUUAUUGUAACACCCACCGAGAUAUCCCAUAUUCAAGCUACCAUUUAUUGUUCAAGAAAACAUGGGUUGCAAACAAGAACCAGAAGCGGCGGCCACGAUUACGAAGGUCUUUCGUUUGUCGCCAGAGUCCCCUUCGUCGUCAUCGACUUGAUCAAUUUCCGAUCGGUGGACAUCGACGUUGAAAACAGAGUUGCUUGGGUUCAAUCCGGUGCCAUACUAGGUGAACUUUAUUACAGGAUCGCAGAAAGAAGUAGAACUCUCGCCUUCCCAGGUGGCGUUUUCUAUACAAUCGGAGUCGGCGGCUAUAUUAGCGGCGGAGGCUUCGGGUUACUUUUCAGAAAAUAUGGUACUGCUGGUGAUAAUGUAGUAGAUGUUCAAUUCAUCGACGUAAACGGAAGGGUUCUUGACAGAAAAUCCAUGGGGGAAGAUUUGUUUUGGGCGCUUCGAGGCGGUGGCGGCGGGAGUUUCGGGAUUGUCCUGGCGUGGAAAUUAAGUCUUGUUUCUGUUCCAGCAAACGUGACGGUGUUUUCCGUCAGCCGGACCUUGGAACAAAACGCGACCGAACUCAUCCACCGAUGGCAAUACAUCGCUCCCCGUCUUCCUGAUGAAGUAUACCCCUCCGUCCAACUAAGAGCCAUUAAUUCAACUCAGGACGGGAGGAGAACAGUUGUAGCUUCCUUUGUUACAAUGUUUCUCGGCACCAUUGACGAGCUUCUUCCAUUAAUGGAGCAGAGAUUUCCCGAGCUAGGAUUAACAAGGCAAGAUUGCACUGAAAUGAGUUGGGUCCAAUCGAUUCUUUACAACAACGGAAUCCCAAACCAACCCUUGGAGGUUUUGCUCAACAGAACUUUCAGGAACCCCGUCACCACCCCGUACUACAAAAUCAAAUCCGACUAUGUCAAGGAACCCGUCUCCGAAACAGGACUGAACGGCUUGUUUUCUCAACUCACCGAGGAAGCCGCCGCAUCAACCGUCAUCAUCCUCUUCGCUUACGGCGGAAUCAUGGACCGGAUACCGGAGAACGCUACACCAUUUCCACACCGAGCUGGGAAUUUGUACAAAAUCUUUUACAACGUUGGUUGGCUAGAGGGAGACUACGAAAGCUCACAAAGACGCCUCGAUUGGGCUCGAAGAGCUUACAAUUAUAUGACACCUUUCGUCUCGAAAUCUCCACGAGAAGCCUACGUUAAUUAUAGAGAUCUCGACAUUGGUUCCAACAAUAUAGGCUAUACAAGCUAUGCACAGGCUAGUGUUUGGGGUCGUAAAUAUUUCAAAGACAACUUCGAUAGAUUGGUGCAGGUGAAGACGAGAAUCGAUCCAGAAAAUUUUUUCAAGCAUGAACAAAGCAUCCCUCCUCUGUGAAUGAUUCAUUAAAGAAACCAAGUGCAAUAAAAGGUUUAGACGUACAUAGUAUUGCUA